UUCCUGCCAGAGCUUCUUAACACACCUGAAAGAAUCUUGAACAAUGCCACAUUCUUCAAUGGAGUCUUUCAAAAUGUGGAAAGUGUUGCAUUGUUUUUUGACUGCCUGGGUUCUCACUUCACCUGGUUACAGUCCAUCUUCACUAACUUCCCUGCCCUGCUCAACUUUGUGAACAAAAUGAAGUGUGUUACUGGUUUUUGUCCCAGGGACUUUGAAGACUAUGGUUGCUCUUGCCGGUUUGAGAUGGAAGGGCUCCCUGUGGAUGAAGCUGAUGACUGCUGUUUCCAGCACCGCAAAUGCUACGAGGAAGCAAUGGAGAUGGAGUGCACAUGGGAUCCAUCAAAGAUUUCUACAGACAUCAGCUGCUCUACUGAAAACCUGACCUGUGAGUCCGGGGAUCCCUGUGAACAGUUCCUCUGCAACUGUGACAAAGAUGCCAUUGAAUGCUUUGUGAAUGCACAUAUUAACUCUUCCUUGAAUGGGCUGGAUGUCUCCUUCUGUCCAUCUCUGGUUACAGAAACAACCAGCAAGAGCGAGAUGACAACACUUCACAUGGAGGAGUUCCUUCAUCACGGGACUGACAAAACACAGGCCGCAACUGCCUCCAUGGAAGAAGUGAUUUCUUUUGAGCCUAGUGAGAUGGUCCUGGGGACUUCCAAAGCUGGAGAAGAUGGAUUUAUGGAAGCUGUGGUCCCAGUGGAAGAGAUAACCACCUCCCCAGCCUCCUUCCCAGGAGAUAGCAACUCAAUGCAAGUCAAAACUGUCCCCACCAAGAAGAUUCCUGCAGGCCUAUCUGCAAGGACAAAGGCAAAAGAGACAAGCCCUGCAAGGGAUGGCCGGAGCACAGCUUCCUCUGGAAUAGCUCUGGAACUGGUACUGUCUGACAGGGGACCCAAUGAACCUGCAGAAAAAGUAUGUGAGCGAUUAACCUUUCUGCAAGAGAGAGGAAAUGGAAGAGUGAAGAGGGAGCUGCCCCAGCUAGGAGAAAUGCUGUUCUGUUUAACUGAGCGAUGCCCGGAGGAAUUUGAGUCUUACGGUUGCUACUGUGGCCAAGAAGGAAGAGGUCAUCCUACUGAUGCACUGGACAGGUGCUGCUUCUCUCAUCACUGUUGUAUGGAACAAGUGAAGAAACUUGGAUGUCAUGCAGAAAGAAGUUCAAGAUCUGAAGUCGUAUGUUUUGAUCAUAAGCCAAAAUGUAUUGGUUGGAGCAUGUGUGAGAAACUGCUAUGUGCUUGCGAUAAGACGGCAGCUGAGUGCAUGGCUUCUGCCUUCUUCAAUGAAAGCCUUAAGUUUCCACACAGGCAAGAGUGCCAAGAGGAGAGAGUCUUAUGUCAAAGUGACCCUUACGAAAGACCUUCAAUCGGCACAGAAAUAGGCACCGGGAUUUCCAGCUCUGAGGAGAGCAGUGAGGAGGAAGGUCCGCUGCGGAGCGUACUAAGGAGAGCAAAGAGAGAGACGCACCAUCCCGCUGGAAGCUCCAGACCCGCGCAACAUGAAGGCAGAUAA